AUGGCGCUGCUGAAGCCGCUGUCGUUCGUCGGGCCGCCGCCGCCUUGCCUCGGCGGCAUUAUUCGCCUUAGCCUCGCCAUCGGUCGCGUCCUCGCUGGAGCUGCUGCGGCCCGACGGCUCGUCGUCGUCCGAAUGAGGGCUGGGGCAAAAAUAAACGCAAUAUAA